GGCCAGUCCAACUCCUAAACCCUAGCCGAACUGGAUGGUGUUGGUGAUAUAGGGUUACCUUUUGGCCACAAACCCUAAUUCCUCUUAUUUGCAGCUGAGGAGGGGAGGGGGAUAGCGAGUGAGAAGGAGAUGGUGUCGCUCAAGUUACAGAAGAGGCUCGCCGCCAGCGUCCUCAAGUGCGGUAGAGGCAAGGUUUGGCUUGAUCCAAAUGAAGGCAAUGAGAUCUCCAUGGCCAACUCUCGUCAGAACAUCAGGAAGUUGGUCAAGGAUGGCUUCAUCAUUAGGAAGCCAACCAAGAUUCAUUCAAGAUCACGAGCUCGUCGCAUGAAGGAGGCGAAGAGAAAAGGGCGUCAUUCUGGAUAUGGUAAACGUAAGGGUACCAGGGAGGCAAGGUUGCCAACAAAGAUUUUGUGGAUGAGGAGGAUGAGGGUGCUUAGGCGUUUGCUUCGCAAGUAUCGAGAGUCUAAGAAGAUUGACAAACAUAUGUACCAUGAUAUGUACAUGAAGGUGAAGGGUAAUGUAUUCAAGAAUAAGCGUGUGUUGAUGGAGAGUAUUCACAAAUCGAAGGCUGAGAAGGCUAGAGAGAAGACAUUAUCUGACCAGUUUGAGGCUAAGCGUGCAAAGAACAAGGCAAGCAGGGAAAGAAAGUUGGCUCGAAGGGAGGAGCGUCUGGCUCAGGGCCCACAGGAGAAAGUUCCCGCUCCUGCAGCACAACCUGCACAGGCAUCAAAGAAAUCCAGGAAAUGAGAUCUAGAAAUGAUAUCUGGAUGGCAAUAUCAGGGAUGAAGAAAGUUGAUGCUUUUAUUUGUCUUAAAGUUUUGUUCUUUGAUCUUUUGCCCUCUUUGAUUUUGUUGGGAGACGGUUAUAUUAAUCUUUAUUCAAGGAUGGUUUUGGUUCU